AUGCCAGGCUUCCCAGUACCCUGUCCUCCAGUGAGGCUAUGCGUGGGUCUUACGUGUGUCCUGUCCCUUUGGAACACAGUGUCUGCUGUUAAAGGAGAAGCCAAGAAGGAAAAGGUCAUGACCUUCCUUCCCACAACAGCUCCUGGCCUUGGAGAAGAGAGGAAGGAAAAAGGAGUGGCUUUUCUGGAUACCACAGAGCUGCCUGCAAGGUCGGUCGAUCUGUCCGCCCUGAACCUGACAGAGCUGGUGAACGGAAUGCUGAAUAGAGCUUUAAAAGAUACCAAGUUCUUCUCCUUGCUGAGCAUCACUUCCUACAGCUCCUUUGCCUUCCACAAGUUUUCUGUGACCAUUUACAAUAUUUCCAACCUGAAGACUGUGGACGCCACCAGAUUUCCCACCCGGUACUGCUACUGCCUGAACAACAGGACCAAUGACUUAUCAGAUUUCACAGCCCUACUGGUGGACGUCAUUGGAAAUUCUACCAGCUACCUCACAGAGAUUUUUAAGUCAACUUCCAUCCUCUCAGUGAGUCAAACGAACGAAUCCGACUGCAUCUUCAUCUGUGUGAUGACAGGAAAGUCAGGAAGGAAUCUUUCUGACUUCUGGGAGAUGGCGGAGAAAUCUCCUGUCAUCAACUACACAUUCACCAGCAGCAUGUCUGGUGUUCUGGGUGAGUCUCCCAGGGGCACGGCCGUGACUUCAAAGCUUACACCCACGAGCCAGCAGACACUACAGAGGACAAGCCGCCUGCACGGAGCUCAGAGCACCAGGGCACCUGCUCCUAGAACCUCUCCCUGGACAGAGGCAACGUCCCCUGCAGAUGGACAACAGGCCGUGAGCACAGACAGGCUUCUGGAGCUCCGCGCCAGGGCCACGGCCAUGGCCACGCAGGGCAGUGCCCCCCGCACCCUCCCAGCCUUGGCUACCAGGAGGGUAGCCCGGACCCCGUGGGCUGCGACCGGCAGUCAGGCGUGGACUCCCACACUACCCAUGCCCUGGGCACCUGCAGGGCCUCCCUGGGAAACACUGUCUUCCACACCAUCGUCUCCUUCAGAGGCCACCGCCACGAGGAGCCUGUCCAGGCCUCCAGCUAGGACAGCGGUCACACGCAGUAGCUCCUCCCAGGGCCACCCAACCUCAGGAACUUCUACCCAUGGCACACAGACCCCGAGUCCAACCAAGGCACUGGCCCCGAAAUACCCACAGAAAGGUGACCUUCCUGCGGCAUGGCCAUUUACCCCUGGAGAAGAGCCAGCCCUGGUCCCAGGGCCCCACCAAGUCUCAAGGUGUCCUCAGCUGCUCCUCGAAGAGGGGGCCAUCACCACCAUUCCCCUCACCCUGGCCAUCCAGAAGCUCAACCCUUGCCUGAUGGAGCUGUGCCGCUUUUUCCAGCAAUGCCUCUGCAUAAGCCGGAAGAGAGAGACCAGGACGGAGGCCAUGAGGUACUGUCUUGAAUACUAUUCCUGGUUUCUGAAGAACGCAACAUACAUCUGUCAGAGGGUGAAAAGGGUGCCCCACUCCCACACCUUAAAACAAAAAUGCCUCCAGAAUAUCUGCCAGUCGGUGUGA